UCUUUCUUUCUUCUUUCUUUCCUUUUCUCUUUAUUCCCCUCAUGACUCAUUUGAACAUUGAGACUUUGGCUCAAGAUUUAAAUAUACCCAUUCACCACUCAGGACGUUGGUUUAAAGACGACCAAGGACGAACAUUGAUAUUGCGAGGCGUCAACGUCUGUGGUUCUUCAAAGCUUCCUACCCGUCCUUAUCCAGGCUCGACUCACUUGUAUGACGAAAACCUCUUUUGGGAUCAUCGCAAUGUCAGCUUUAUCGAUCGCCCUUUCCCUCUCAAGGAUGCUCAUGAACACUUUAGUCGCUUGAGAAACUGGGGACUCACGUUGAUUCGUCUUUUGGUACCAUGGGAGAGCAUAGAACACGCUGGCCCUGGAUCAUACGACGAAGAGUACAUUGAUUACUUGCGAGAAUUAAUAAAGAUGAUGCCCAAAUAUGGGCUCAAGUGUAUCAUCGAUCCACACCAAGAUACAUGGUCUAGAUUCUCGGGUGGCUCAGGAGCUCCAGGAUGGACAUUUGAAGUAGCUGGCCUUAAUAUCAAAAAUUUUAAAGAAACAGGCGCUGCCUAUGUACACAAUACUAAUGCUGUGCCUGGUGAUCCGCUACCAAUGGUCUGGCCAACAAACUAUACAAAACUAGCUUCAUGUACCAUGUUUACUCUCUUCUUUGCUGGUGAUACCUUUGCUCCCAAACGAACCUUUCAAGGACAAACAAUUCAACAGUUUCUAAAUGACCAUUUCAUUCGCGCCUAUGAGCAUUUGGCUCAACGUUUGGUUGAUUUGGAUGCUGUCCUGGGGUUUGAAUUUAUGAAUGAACCACAUCCUGGAUACAUUGGGCUAGACCACCUUGAUUCAUUUGAUCCAAUUGUAAACUUGUUCUUUGGAGAUUCACCUAGUCCAUUACAAUGCUUUGCUUUAGGUGCUGGUAUUCCUCAGUCUGUAGGUGUCUAUGUCAAGUCAUGGCCAUUCCCCACAAAAAAGUCUCAUGACCGUGUGAUUAAUGCGAGUAAAGCAUCCGCCUGGGUUGAUCACUGCAUAUGGAAAGAGCAUGGUGUCUGGAAAGUGGAUGAUCAUGGAAAUCCUCAGCUAGUGAAUACACAUUAUUUUUCAAAGCAUCCAGUCACGGGCGAAAAAGUAUCAUUCUACAAUGACUUUUACAAACCUUUGGUCAAUCGAUAUGUAAAAGCGAUACAAGCAGUCAAAAAGGAAUACUAUUGUCUAGUAGAACCUUUAGCAAACGAAAGACCUCCUGUCUAUGAUGAAGAUGACUACCAUCACAGGGUUAUCUUUUCUCCACAUUGGUAUGAUUUGAAUUGCGUUUUUUACAAGAAAUUUAAUGGGAAAAUAACUCACGAUGUCCAGCACUUGCAGAGGGGUGGAAAUGUUUUGAAGGCUACUUAUUUUGGUAAAAGCGGCGCCAAGAAGAACUAUAGAGGCCAAAUCAGGAAUAUCAAAGAAGACGGUAUAAAGAACAUGGGAGAAAAGCCGUGCAUUCUUGGCGAAGUAGGUAUUCCUAUGGACUUGAAUAACCGGGUAGCUUUUGCGGAUGAUGAUUACUCAAGUCAUAUUGAUUUUAUGGAUUCCGUCCUUUACGCACUUGAGACAAAUUUGAUGAGUUUUAUAUUAUGGAACUAUGAUGUUUGUAAUGACCAUGAAUAUGGUGAUCACUGGAAUGGAGAAAACUUUUCUAUUUACUCUGCAAAAAAGGCAAAGGAAGAUUACUUGGAACAUGAUGAUGAGAAAAGCGCAUUGUCAAAAAGACACCUGUAUGAUGGCGGAAGAGUGCUUGAAGCUGUCUUGCGCCCAUAUGCAGUCAAGGUUGCGGGUACUCCUGUAUCAGCCGAAUUCAAUCUGGACACUCUUCAAUAUACCUUUUCUUUUAUUCCCCAUGGUAAUACGGAACAUAGCAAGGUGACUGAAAUAUUUGUACCUUAUCUUCAUUACGGGAACAAGACCAUAAAUACCAAAGUCAACGUUGGUGAAUGUUAUUAUGAUGAAGAAAAGCAAACACUCUAUCAUUACUAUAAAGGUGACGAAGCACCUAAACAAGUGACAAUCGAACUUGGCGUGAUUACACCACAAUCAUGCACCGUCAUGUAAUUACCCUCUCUCUCCUUGAAAAUUUAAAGCUCAGAAUACAAAUACCAAUUUAUUACCCUUCAUCUAUUUCUUUUUUUCCCCUUUCUUUGCAUCCAUCAUAAUGAGUAAG